AAGCCACUGGACUAAAAUGUCUCAGAAAAGUGUAGGCCGACCGUACUAAUAGGCACUCUUGAUAAACAUUGAGAUAAGUUCGAGCGUCAAAGUUUAAUUUCUUGCAAAAUAUAAACAACGCUAUCAAAAAAAUCGUAAACUGAAUUGUACUUUGAUCGUAGAGAACAUUGAUGCUGUCUCGAUGCUCUUGAUUGGUCUUUCUCUGCGUGACGUCACGUCCCGCUAACGUAGACCAAUGGCGGCGCGGGAAGCUAACAUGUAGCGAGUUGUCGGUUUUGUGUAAUGAAUGCGUUGUAUUGUCUCUGAGAUUAUUUGUAGGGUUAUUUUGCUUGCAUAUUUAUCGGUUGCUGAAGAGAACUGCGGUCGGAUAAUACGAAUUUGAUGCUGAUAUAGAGUAACUGCCGAAGCGUCGUAAUGUAUCGCGGUGCUAGGCCGCACAGAGGCGGCUAUCAUCCUCCGCCGUCUCGUGGCUUCGCUCCCCGUCCUGGGCCUCGACAUCACUCACCCCCGGAUCCCUACCGGCGUCCAUCUCCACGGCGGAGAUAUCCCUCACCGGGUGCGAGAGAUGAGCCUCGUGAAUAUAGAGGAGAAGGGCGACCUCAGGGAUCAUAUAGGAGGUACAGUCCAUCACCUCCUCGUGGUGGUCUCCCUGUUGAUCACAGUCUGGUCAUAACUGUUGGAAAUGAGUUGACCCAUCCAGCAGAUGCACCCUAUGUUCGAGAUUACGGUGCUGGAGAUUAUAAGAAGCCGUAUUAUUCUCCACGGAGAUCAAGCUAUGAUGACCACAGCGAUAGGGGUUCAAGGCGGCGCAGUGUCAGUCGCGGCAGGAGCAGGGGGCGGAGCCCUAGUCCCGGUUAUCCGCGCAGCAAAAGUCGACCACGCAGCCGGAGUCGGAGCAGGAGUCCUGAACGAUCAAAGAGUCGGGCGCGUAGCAAGAGCAGAGCCCGUGGGAGGAGCUACAGUAGAAGUCGCAGCAGAAGUGGAAGCCGCGGUCGCAGACAAAGUAGAGCCAGGAGCAGGGCAAGGAGCAAGAGCCGUCAGCGUAGCCACAGCCGAGAAAGGAGCCGGAGCAGAGGGAGGAGUCGUGGUAGGAGCCGAAGCGUCAGUCACAGUGGCAGCAGCAGCAGUAGCAGCAGCAGCAGGAGCUCCAGUCGGAGUCAUUACAGCAGGAGUGUCAGACCAGGUGAGGGGAGCGAGGACUUUAGUGAGCUGGAGAAGGCACGGCGACGUAAGGAAAUACAGGAUACUCUUGUACAACCUGCAAAGUCCAUUUUGAAGAAAAGGAUGGAUUCCUCCGAUAUAGAUUCUCCCAUGGUUGCGCAGAAUAGUGAUUCCCCUCGAGCAAACCCAGAUGGGGGUCUUUCCCAUGAGGCGGAGCAGCUUCUCUCUGCACUGACCAAAACAAUGGAUCCAGAAUUGAUGGCAUCCAUGCUAGGAAAAUGCUCUGAUAGCAGUGCUCUUAAAGAGCUUCUUGGCAAAUUGCAGUCACUCAAAGAAGGUGGAAUCGGCGCAAUCCUCCCUCACCAGAAAGAAGGACGACAGGAAAAGUCUGAUCUUGUUGAGUUUAUUGGAAUGAUGGCAGAGAUGGUAGGGCAAUCACAGAAUGUAAAGAAGAGUCUUACUGAUAUUGAAGAUGAGGAAAAAUUUCUUUAUGGAGAUGAAGUGGAUGAGGAUGUCAACCAGAUAAAACCCACUAAGGACACACCUACAGAUUCCAGCUUUCCAGACACAAGAUUUCCGCAGUCUCAUGAUGUACAAAGAGGAGAACAUAGCACCACACCUUACAUGUUUGGUCGUGCUGAAGAUGAUAAUGUAAAUCACUCACAGGCUGACAAAGGUCAUACUGUGGCCACACCUGAGGAACAUGUGGAGGAACAAUCUGACUUCCCACCUGGGGUUGGCCCGCAGGAUGUGAAGGUGAGAAAGGAGGUGGAAGAAUACGAGAAGAUACAAGACUUGCUGAAGACGAUCGGUCUGGACCUGGGCGUGGCUGAGAUCAGCAAGAUGGCCGUUAGGACUCAGGAGCGCCUCCACGGUAAAGGCUCUGUAAAGAAGACUCCUGUCCGUCGGCAGUCUGAACGAAAACACAGGAGCCGCAGCAGGAGUUACAGCAGCAGCAGCAGUGGCAGCAGCAGAAGCAGAAGCAAAAGCUCGAGCAGAAGUCGCAGUAGAAGCUACAAACGCAAUUCAGGUCGCAGCGGCAAGAAGCCAGUUUCACCAGAACCAAAAAGGUCUUCGCCGUCACGCAGCCAGAGCAAGAAUGAGAGUCAACCUACCACUCCACAAGGAGUCUGGCCUACAACACCUACUGCGGGUCCCGGGACACCAGUGUUUCCUCCACGACCCAGCCUCCCAGCACAUCCAAUGCCAUAUCCUCCGCCACCACCGCAUGGGGUUAUGCCACCCGAAUACCCUCCCCACGGUUAUGAUCCGUAUGGCAAUUAUGUUCCGUACAUGCCACCAGGAUGGCCAAUGUAUCCACCUCCAGGUAUGCCAGUUCCCCCUCACAAUCCAAUGGAUCCCUACAAUCUUCGUAGCAUGGAGAGGCCUUUUCUUAAAGUGAUUGCAACAAGAACAAGUGAAGGAAAGGACACUGAUAAAAAAGUACCUUCUAAAACAGAUGCUGUGGCCUCCAAACCGAUCAUCAGUGACAGUCAGAGGAGAGCUAUGGAAGAUAAGAAUACUGCCAGCCAAAAACAAAAGGUCCUUGAAGAACUUGAGAAGCUAAAAGAGGAUAAAGAAAUACGAAUGAAGAGAAAAGCAAACCUAAUGAAAGAGGUGGAGACAUUAAGGAGGCAACAAGGGGAGCUUCUGAGAAAGAAGCGCAGAGAGAAAGAUGGACACAAGGACCCUGUUCUUAUAGACCUCAGUAAGCUUCAGGAAGAUGCAAUGACCGAAAUCUCUAAACUACGCGCUGAAGAGAGAGAGUCUGAUAAAAAACAUGAAGAGCUGGUCAAAGUAGCGCUCAUCCUUGGUAUAGACUACAAAGAGUCCAAGUUCUCUGCAGACCGUGUGCAGAGUAAGAGAGAGUCAACCAGAAGCCCAGAGAAAUCAGGGGCCAGCACCAGCACCUCGUCCAAUAAGGCUGCCCCAUCAGGAGCAUCACCUGAAAAACUCAAGUCAUCAUCUCCAUCAAGACGACAUUCAAUGGACUCCGCUGGCGAACAAUUUGAGUACUACGAUGCAGGAAAUCACUGGUGUAAAAACUGCAAUGUUACCAGUGGUUCAAUGUUUGACUUUUUCAUGCAUUUGCACAGCAAAGUACACAGAAAGACUCUGGAUCCCUAUGACAGACCUUGGGCAAAAUCAGAGGGUGACAAGAAACACGGAACAGGAGAAAAGACAUCAAAGCCAGCAAAAGGUUCAGAGUUUUUGAUCCCUGUGCGAGGAUUCUUCUGCCAGCUAUGUGAAGCGUUUUUUGGCGAUCCCAUUUGUGCUGAAGCUCAUGUCACCUGUCAUAUUCACAAUGAGAAAUACAAGGGUAAAAUUUCCGAAAAUCCCCUCUAUGAACAAAGGAGAAACCUGGAUCGUCAGGCUGGAAUAAAGAGCCAUAAGAAUUCUGACCACAAACGAAAGCGCGAGGACAGCGAUCAAGAUGAUGUGAAGAAAUCCAAACACAGCAAAGAUGGGAAAAAAAAGAUAAGUGUGGAAAAGGAGGAAAAACCACACUACAGCAAGGAUGAAGAGUACAAGAAUAUCAAAGAGAAUGAGAACAAAUUCAAGGAAGAGCGGUUGAAAUCUAAAAAAGAGGAUGCUUUCAAACAAAAAUAUAAGGAGGAUGAUGAGAGAGCUAAAAUAAAGAAAGAAGAGGAAGAGAGAGCAAAAUAUAAGAAAGAAGAAGAGGAGAGACACCGAGUCAAGAAAGAAGAGGAAUAUACAAAUAGGUACAGGAAAGAGGAAGUGGAGAGAUCCAGGUAUGAAGAGGACAGGUACCGAAACAAGGAUGAUUAUGACCGUUACAGAUAUCGGGAAGAGGAUGACAGAAAUCGCUUCCGAAAGGAUGACGAUAGAGACCGAUACAGUAGAGAAGAUGAGAGGCCCAAGUAUGGUAGAGAUGAAGAAAAAAAGUACAAAUAUACUCGAGAGGUUGAAGAAAAGUCAUCAAAAUACAAAGAUGAGGAAUGGGUCAAGUGGCCAAAAUCAAAAUGGGAAGAUCCGGAGGAUAGUGACGAUAAAAAGGACCAAAAGGGCAAAGCUGCUUUUAGCAAAGAUGACAAAGAGAGCAAAGAGAAGUCGUCCAAUGCUAAAGACAUUAAAGCCGAACCACCUAAAAUCUUAUGUGGACCGAGCCCGGCUUUGCUGGCUAAACUUCGCAAAAAGAAUGAGGAGAGUGCAGCUCGUUCCGGCUUUGGAAAGUUCACUCGCAAAAAGCCACAGAAGACCGCACUGGAGAAGGAGGCUGAGAGAAUGGCAGCACAGUUUAUGAAAGAAGACGAAGAAAGUGUUCCAAAAGUAGAUGAGGUUAAAGAUGAGAUUAAAGUGGAAAACAAAGAUCCAUUUACCAAAUCUAUAGCUGCGGCAAAGUCUAUUGCAAUGAAAUUAUCGGGAAAACCUGUGCUCCCACCCUCCAAUGAAUGGCUGGCUUUUAACGAAAAUAAAAGUAACCCUAACUUACCUCCCCCAUCUAGUCCUUUGGUUAUUAGGAAAUCAUUUGGUGGAGUGCAGAAUAAACCGGCACCACCUGUACCGGGAAGUCAGACUCAAAAUCAUCCAGCUUUGUCAGCAGAUCUCAUCUCAAAGGCAUUUAGUGGUGAAGAGGUACAAUUAAAACAUCAAGUCCCCUCUGCAAAACCCAUAGAUAUCUUUGACACUAGUGUUCCACUUUCAUCAUCCACUGCAGCGUCAAAACCUGAAAAUGACACCAAGCUUAAACCUGUUAUGUCCAGUGAAUUUGUUUUUACACUUGAUACUGAUGUGGCUGCUCCUGGUGUCCCUGAGGGGGAGCAGAAUCUCACUGUUAUUCUUCGUCCUCCUCCUCAGUUUUCUUCCAGUUCUAAAGACCCCUUUCCGAAAACUGCAAAGCCAAAGACUCUUGCAGCAGGAAAAGCAAAAGAUUUGUUUGACAUUUUCUACAGUGGCAGUACCACUGUUAAAAGCUCUGUUAAUACCACUGUUGGCGACAAACAAGACUUUGGUUAUAAACCUCCAGAUAAUGACUCAAGAAGUAAGACCACUGUUAAAUGUAAUGAAUCCAACUACAAGGAAAAAACUGAAAGCCAUGCUGAACAGGUCAAAGAACCUCCCAAUAACCAAGACUCAGAAGUUGCCCAAAAGAGUCCGGAAUCUAUCAAAAACAAAGACACGGAAGUUGCAAAGAGUGAAGAACCCCACAAGUACCAGAACUCAACAGUUGCACAGAGCAAAGAUGCUCCUAUGAAUGAAAAUUCUGAAGAUUCACAAAGUAAUGAACCGUAUAAAAACGAAGACUUAAAAGUUCAACAGGCGUCAGAGGAUUCAAACUCUAAAAGUCUAAUUGAGCCUGAAAAUCAAUUUGAAGAUAAAGAUAAAAAAGAGGAAGAGUCUAAUGAACAGCAAGUCUUUAAAACUAUAGAAAUAUCUGAGGGGGAUAGGCUCAAGGUGGAAGUUUAUAAUGUGGACACAAAGAAAAGCCUUUUGGAAUCUGAGCAAAACCCUUUGGAAUCUGAGGCAAUGCCUUUGGAAUCUGAGCAAAACCCUUUGGAAUCUGAAUCAAUGCCUCUGGAAUCUAAGGGAAUCCCUUUGGAAUUUGAGGGCAUUUCUUUGGAAUCUGAGAUAACCCCGCUGGAAUCUGAGAUAACCCCGCUGGAAUCUGAGAUAACCCCGCUGGAAUCUGAGAUAACCCCGCUGGAAUCUGAGAUAACCCCGCUGGAAUCUGAGAUAACCCCGCUGGAAUCUGAGAUAACCCCGCUGGAUUCUGAGAUAACCCCGCUGGAUUCUGAGAUAACCCCGCUGGAAUCUGAGAUAACCCCGCUGGAUUCUGAGAUAACCCAAGUGCAACCUGAGGUAAUCCACGUGCAACCUGAGGUAAUCCACGUGCAACCUGAGGUAAUCCACGUGCAACCUGAGAUAAUCCCAGUGCAACCUGAGGUAACCCAAGUGCAACCUGAGGUAAACCAAGUGCAACCUGAGGUAACCCAAGUGCAACCUGAGGUAACCCAAGUGCAACCUGAGGUAACCCAAGUGCAACCUGAGGUAACCCACGUGCAACCUGAGGUAACCCACGUGCAACCUGAGGUAAUCCACGUGCAACCUGAGGUAAUCCACGUGCAACCUGAGGUAAUCCACGUGCAACCUGAGAUAAUCCCAGUGCAACCUGAGGUAACCCACGUGCAACCUGAGGUAACCCACGUGCAACCUGAGGUAACCCACGUGCAACCUGAGGUAACCCACGUGCAACCUGAGGUAACCCACGUGCAACCUGAGGUAACCUACGUGCAACCUGAGGUAACCUACGUGCAACCUGAGGUAACCUACGUGCAACCUGAGGUAACCUACGUGCAACCUGAGGUAAUCCCCGUGCAACCUGAGGUAAUCCCCGUGCAACCUGAGGUAAUCCCCGUGCAACCUGAGGUAAUCCCCGUGCAACCUGAGGUAAUCCCCGUGCAACCUGAGGUAAUCCCCGUGCAACCUGAGGUAAUCCCCGUGCAACCUGAGGUAAUCCCCGUGCAACCUGAGGUAAUUUCUGUUGAAUCUGAGAUCAUCUCCGUUGAUCCUGAGAUCAUCUCGGUUGAUCCUGACAUCAUCUCGGUUGAUCCUGACGUAAUCUCCAUUGAACCUGACGUAAUCCCUCUGGAACCUGACGUUAUCCCUCUGGAACCUGACGUAAUCCCUAUGGAACCUGACGUAAUCCUUCUGGAACCUGAGGGAAUUUCUCUUGAACCUCUGGAAUCUGAGGAAAACCCACUUGAAUCUGAGGAACCCAUGUCUUUUUCCCCCCUUACAGGUUCUUUAACUGAGCAACUGAACUUGGACACAUUUGAAUUCAGUUUCGAGCCUUUGUAAAGGACCUUUCAAGAGUAGGUUUAGGGAUGUAAAUGUUACCUCUGUAAAUGAUAAAUAACAGUGAAUUCAAAGUUUCUUUUCAUUUGUUUCAAUCCAGUUAGAAUGUUUCAUGUCUAUUCUUAACCUUUUGGCAGGUAAUGCUUGUGAAUGCGUGGCCUGAAAAGCAUUCAUUCUGAAGUGGGUGCAGUGAAGAGAAUGAAAACUUUCAUCAAGUAAUGAAUUCUUAAUCUGUCAAGAUAUCACUAUAUUCUUGUUGAAAGCACCUUGUGUUGAGUUAUUUGUUCCUUAAUCUGUUUCCAGCAGAAACCAUUCCUUUAAUACAAAGGUAAUGUAAAAAAUAUAUAUAAUGAAUUUGUUUGAUGUGCAUCUCAGACUCUAAAACCACAUGCUUCUUUUUGUUCCAUUUAAAUGAAUAAAGAUAUUUUAAUACAGGAGCCAGAAAGAUCCAGGCUCAAAGAAGAGAAUUGGUGUGGAGUUCUGCUUCAAGAAUGUAUGAAUAUGUAUUCACAAUGCUAGCCAGAAAAUGUCAAGCUUGGCCUUUGUAGUUAUACUGUACUCUUUAUCAAGGAGUUUUCUGUACCGGUUUCCUUUAUCCUUUUUUAUAUAUAUACAAAAUCGAAUUUUGUGUUGUUGGUACUGUUCAUAAAGUUACCAUAUGUUGUUGAUGUAACUGCACAAAUUCGGUUUAGCAUAAAUAAAUCAGCGUCUCGUUGCGUUUGCUUUG